GGAAGUCUUCGGGAUAGAGCAGCGGCGAAGGGGCGGUGGUGGGCGGUUAGAUUUGAAUCGUCUAUAUCGGAGGUCGUUGAACCACGGUGGAGAUUAGGCGUUCGCGGCGGGGAUGGAUGGAUGGGAGAAAGCGAAGUGGCGAAGGGACGGUGGAUCCGCCCUCAGAAGUCCGCAUACCCGCCAAGGUCGGACCACGCAAACACCGAGGGCCAACACACGGAGCCACCCACGUGCCNCCCGUCGCUGACCGCCCUAAUCUCCAUCGCGUCGCAUUUCCUCUCGCGCUUCAAUGACCUCCAGUAUAGGCGAUUUAGAUCUAACCUCCCACAUUCGCCACUUCGUCGCCGCUCUAUCCCAAAGACUUCCGCCUCCGCCCACACACCCAUCCCCGCCGCAGAUCGCCUAAUCUUCGUCGCGUCUUAUUUCCUCUCGCUAUUCAACAGCCUACAGCACGGG